UUCUCAACAUUCUCCUUUUUUUUUUUUUAAAUUUUUUCUCUCUAUUUAGUAAGUAGGAGGCUCCACGAAGAAGACUAUUAAGGCUGCUAAGCUCAAAGUGGAAGGUACAUUUGAGAAGGUGAGUUAUCCUCAAUCACCGAUGCAGAUGUUGAACCUAAAUCACCGUGUGGAUUUCGAAACAAGGUUGUCAACUAAGAAGAAAAUCAAGGAAGCUCUAAAGGACAAAGAUAUUAGCAUAAUUGGGAUCUGUGGCAUGCCUGGAGUUGGUAAGACAACAAUGGCAAAGGAAAUAGUCAAUGAAGUCAAAGAUGAGAAAUUAUUUAAGGAGGUUGCAUUUGCAGUUGUAUCUAACGAUCCAGACAUAAGCAAAAUUCAAGAUCAACUUGGUGAAGCACUUGGUCUAAAAAUUGAAGAAAAGACAAAUACUGUGAGAGCCGGACGGCUUUGUCAAAGAGUUGAAGGUAACGAUGGCAAGAGCAUUCUUGUAACAUUAGAUGAUGUGUGGAAUGAAAUUGAUUUGGGAACUAUAGGAGUUCCAUCUCCACAUGAUCACAAAGGGUUGAAAAUUAUGUUUACGACACGAAUUGAAGAAACGUGUAGUAAAAUGAAAGCCCAAAGGAAAUUCGAAAUCGAAGUUUUGGACGAAAAAGAAGGAUGGCAACUUUUCAAGGAUAUGUCGGGGAUUUCUGAUGAUGAAACUGAUGAUGAACUCGUAAGUAUGGCCCAAAAAGUUGCAGACGAAUGUCGAGGUCUACCUCUUGCCCUUGUGGUUGUUGGCAAAGCACUAGAAAGCAACAAGGCCACGUAUAAAUGGAGUGAUGCACUUCUACAGCUACAGUCUCGUGCUACCAAUCUUGAUGGAAUGGAUGAUAUCGUGUACAAAAGUAUAAGAUUGAGCUUCAACUUUUUGGUAAGCAAUGAAGAGCGGGACUUGCUUUCGCUUUGUUCUCUAUUCGCUGAAGAUGAAAAUAUUCCAAUUGAAAAUUUGGUUCAAUAUGCAAGGGGGCUAGAGUUAUUUCAAAAUACUGAAACACUCUCCCAAACUCGAGAUCGAGCAAAAAUAAUUACCGAUAAUCUAAAAGGUUGUUAUUUAUUGCAAUCGGGUAGGGAGGAAGAUGAGGUAAAAUUGCAUGAUGUUAUCAGAGAUUUUUGCUUAAAGAUGGCAACUAAAGACAAAUGUGGGUACCUGGUAAACCAUGCUGGUUUGGAAGAGUGGCCAGAACACGAUACUGAUAACUUGUGCAGUGCCAUCUCAAUUACGUUUAAUAAGUUGGAUCAGCUUCACAGUGGGUUGAAACAUCGAAACGUUAAGUUGUUGCGAAUGAUAUGUCGCAAGUUGGGAAUUUGUAACAGUUUCGGAGAAUUUUUCGAAGAUACAAAAGAACUCAGAGUUCUUGAAUUGAAAUUGAUGAACAUCCAGAUUCCAUCAUCGAUUCAAUUGUUAACAGGUCUCCGAACUUUAUGCUUGAUUAACUGUGUAAUACAUUCUCAAUUGUCAAUGAUUGGGAGUCUAAAGAAGUUAGAAAUUCUCUCUUUCUAUUGUUCUUAUUUCAGUGAUUAUUGUCCCAUUGAAUUAGCGAAUCUUAGCAACCUAAGGUCACUUGAUUUGAGGUUUCUUGAGUUAUCAUGUCCACUUCGACCUGGAAUUUUGUCGAGCAUUAAGAAACUUGAAGAGCUAUAUUUGGGAGAUAGCAUUCCAAUAGAAGGUGAAGACCAAAGGUACAUAAUUGAAGAGUUAAGUUCAUUGACUUUUCUUCAUACUUUCCAAAUUUCCACACUUACUCCAAUUCUGAUGCAACUAUUAAAAGCGUCGUUCCUCGAUAAUCUAGAAAAAUUUCAAAUCCUCGUAGGCAAAACACAACGAGGCAGAUUUGAAAAUUUUCUAGAUUUCCUCGUAGACAAAACACAACAAGGAAGAUUUGGACAUCGAUAUAUCACAAGGAGCUUGCAUCUCGAAGACGGUAUUGAUGCAAGUAUGCUUUUGCAACCCUCAUUGAACACGUUGAUGAAGAGGACUUAUCAUCUUCGUAUUGAAGCAAACAAGGUAUUGAAGAAUGUUGUGAGUGAGUUAGAUGGAAAUGGUUUCAUUAACUUGAAGACACUGAUCCUAUCAAAUGGUGAUUUUGAGUAUCUUAUUGAUGCCACCAACGCUAUUCCAAAUGCCACCUUUGGUAAAUUGGAGUCUCUCAAAUUGGAAGAUUUACCCAAGUUAAUAGAAAUAUGUAAUGGAAAUCUUCCAAGGGUUGUCUUCAAACCUCCAUUGUUCUGUAACCUUAUGACGAUUCAGAUGUAUGUUUGUGAAGCAAUUACAAGCUUAUUUCGGGAGUCAGUUGCAAAAUGCCUAGUAAAUCUCCAACGUCUAGACAUAGCAAUUUGUUCAAGGUUAGAGGAAGUUGUUUCAACGGACACACAAGGAAAUGAAGUGACCAAAACUUGCGAAAUGAUUGAGUUUCCAAAGCUGAAAAUUGUCGACCUGACUAAUUUGGGAAGAUUUAAGAGCUUCACAUGUCAAUCAAAUAGCGGUGAUGUUUGUCGAACAUUGUUCAACAAGGUUAUGUUACCUAACAUGGAUUUCUUGUUUGUUAAUCACUUGGAUUGUAUAGUAAAGCUACUGGGCAAGGAAAUGCCAACAACAUCUCUGCAUAAACUAUCAAACAUGAGAGUGUCAGAUUGUGUUGAAUUGCUGACCAUUGCAGAAUCUAAUUCAAUUCAAUUACUGCAAAAUCUUGAACACCUUCAAAUGGUAGCUUGUAAUGCACUUGAAGUAUUGUUCGACUUUGAGGGCAUAAAAGUCACUAAUGAUGAAGCAGAAAUUAAUAUGCUUGGUCGAUUAGAAACAUUGGAGUUGCUUUCACUACCAAAAUUGGUACAUAUUUCAAGGAUGGUUCCAAAAGGAAUUUGUGUCUUUCAAAAUUUGAGAGAUCUUAGUGUUACCGACUGUAAUAGCUUAAGAUGCUUAUUUUCACCUUCUAUAGUCAACUCACUUGCAGCCCUAGAAAAUUUAUUCAUUGAAAGUUGCGAAGCAUUGGAAGAAAUCAUUGGAAGAGAAGAAGAAGAAGAAGAAGAAAACACUUCAGAGACAAGAAACAUUGUUAUCAAACAUCCAUCGAACCUCCGUCACUUAAGACAAGUUGUUUCAAUGGAUGCAAAACGAAAUGAAGUUAUCAAUAUGCUUGAGUUCCCAAAACUGAACAAAAUCUGGCUUUGCAAUUUAAGCAGUUUUAAGAGCUUUAGAUUUGAAUCGAACAAUGAUGGCAUUCUUCGAACUUUGUUCAACCAGGUUACAUUGCCUAACAUGAAGGAGUUGGUCAUUAAUGGAUUGCAGUAUAUAGUAAUGUUAGUGAAUACAGAAGAAAUGCCAAUAAGAUCUCUUUAUCAUAAGAUUGUAAAGCACUGGAAGUGCUGUUUUGACUUUAAAUGUCUAAAGGUUACAAAAGAUCAUGCUGAAAGUGUACUUAGUCGAUUGAGAUCACUACAGCUAAAAUCUCUAGACAAAUUAGCGGACAUUAUAGGGAUAGUUCCUAGUGGAAUUCAUGUCUUUGAGAAUUUGACAUCAAUUCUUGUGGAAAGAUGUGGUUUCUUAAAGAACCUAUUCUCACCUUCAAUGGCCAAUUCUCUUGUGGCUCUGAACAUUCUAGAGGUUUCAGAUUGUGGAUCAAUUGAAGAGAUUAUUGGAAAAGAAGAAGGCACUUCAGAGAUCAAAAGAGUUGAAGGAAUGAAAACUAUAAUUGUGUUUCCUAAGUUGGACUGUCUACUACUCAAGAAUCUUUCAAGUAUUCAAAUGUUUUGCUCUCGGAACUAUGAACUUGUGUUCCCUUUAUUGAAGGAUUUGACCAUUGAAAAUUGCCCUAUGAUGAAAAAACUGAGUCCAUGGCCAGUACGUGCACCAAAGCUUAAUAUUUCCAGUUUGUUGGAUAAUGCAGUCGGCUUGGCAGAGGAGGAUCAAGUUUGUAACAAAUAAAAAUUACUUGAGAAAUUUGAAGUCUCCUAUUUCCUAGGCAUAAAAUAUGAUGAAAUCAUUUCUUAUCUAUAGAAUAUCUAUUUGAAUUCUACAGAUUAAAUUAUUAAAGCUCGUGUAAUG